AUGGCUCUAUCAGGGUCUUUGCGAAUAAUGAUAAUACUCAGGGUGUGUACGGAUACGUCUGUGAAGUUUGGAUGUGGCAUGCGCGUGCUUCCGCGAGGCAGCGCCUCCUUGACCUUGUAUCCCAAGAUAGUGCAGUGGGACGUUGUCUGGCAGGACGGAGCCAUGCGACAGGCGAGAGCCACACUUCUGCAGGGAUCACCCCAUGGGUCGUUGACGGCCGUGCUGCGAAGCCCGAAGGACCAGGACAAAGUCGAAGACUUGCGAGUCCAGGCUCACGGCACGUUGCUGCGUGCUUCCAUGAAUGGUAUCCUGGAGAAGGAGUUGAAAGAAGGGGAUCCGCCAGGGAAGUCGGAGAUGGCUCAGCUUUCUCAGGGCACGGCCUUCAGAUACAAGCCGUCUGUCGGCUCAUGGCUGCAAAACAGGCCUUAUCAGGUCGCACCGCCACGGCACCACACUGUCUACGGGGAUUACGGGGAGACGGAGGAUUACAAGGCAUCGGACACUGUGCCUUGGCCCCUGGCAUCUCUCGAGGACAUCUCCAGCAAGCAGCCCGACCAAGCAGCGAAGGAAGCUCAGGGCGAACAGGAGGAGGAAGAGCGCUGGAGCGCCGUGGAGCCAGAGGUGGCGUGGUGGGACUCCCUCGGCUUGCUUGUUUGCUGCUUCGGCCGAGGCUAUGCAUGA